AUGCCUUCCGAUUUUAACGUCGGAAAUAUGGUGGAGGAAAUGUGUCGUAACGAGAGCAUUUGGAAUACCGUCAAUAGCGCAAUCGCACGCAUCAUGUCUGAUCUACAGCUACAGAAAUUUCAGUACCUUAAGGCUGUGCUGAAAGGAGAGGCUCUUCGUAUAGUUCAGUCAAUAGCUGUAACGACAGACAAUUAUACGAUCGCGUGGGACAGUCUAAAAAGGCGGUACGAUAACACUAAUUUGCAAAUCAAACAACAAUUCUCGGCAUUACUCGCUACCACUGCUAUCCGCAAAGAGUCUGCUGCAGCAUUAUCGAACCUGGCAGAUGAAUUUGAUAAACGAGUGUGUGUUCUCAAUAAACUUGAAAAUUGUGAUGCCCAUUGGAACUCUUUCCUCGUCGAGUUUCUUAGCAGCAAACUGGAUCCCGCCACACAAAAGGAGUGGGAAUCUCAGUUAGACAACGAACGUCGCCCAAUGUACACUGAUUUAGUUGCCUUUAUACAGAAACGAUCUCGCAUUUUACAAUCUCUUUCGCUCUCCCAAUCAUCACAACAACUCGCCAAGUUUGAUCCCAAACCAGAUUCCCGAACCGUACGGAAUAAAACUACAUCGUAUCAUUCGAGCAGCAGUGACAACCACCCGAAAUGUAUACUCUGCAAACAAUCGCAUUCGUUGUCCCAGUGUGAAGAAUUCAAAAACCUAUCACCUCAGAAACGGUUUGAUAUAGCUAAGAGGCACGGUUUAUGCAUAAACUGCCUAAGGUCAUCUCAUCUGUUGAAAAAUUGUGCUGCUGGCUCGUGUCGCACGUGCAACAAACGUCACCAUACCCUAUUGCACUUAAAUACCUUUGGCAUGAGGAUGAAUCAAAGCGAUGAUCAACCAACUAUCGCUGUGCAAAUGGCACAAUGUACUGAAACUCUACAAGCGACAUCGGUCACCGAUACGCCGUCGUCGGUUAUGUGCAUUGCCGAUCAAUGUCACACAGGUUCUCGCGCUCUCGCCCCGUCGUCGUCGGAUAGUCCUAGUUCGCGUUCGUUCGUUCCGCCGUCGGUUUCGAAACAUAUACCGUCAGGCUCUGCUCUAUAUUCACCACAGGUGACAAAUUGUCAAGCCGCUGUCCCUGUGUCGUCACACUUGUCGAAGACCAACCAACAGUCUGCCGUUUUCAUGCUGACCGCCUACAUUAGGGUCCAAGACGUCAAUGGUACAUUCCACCACGCUCGUGCUUUACUAGAUUGUGCAUCUGAAGCGAAUUUUGUGACUGAAUCGUUGGCUCAAACUUUGCGGUUGAAACGAGCCCCUGCCAACAUCGAUGUGUAUGGGAUUAGCCAAUCCGUAAAGAAAGUCAAACAACAAGUUCCUAUCGUCGUAUCGUCUCGUGUUGGCUCAUACAGAUCCAGUAUGAAUUUCCUAAUUCUACCGUCGUUAACUAGAAUAUUGCCCACUACCAAUGUGGAUGUAUCAAAAUGGGUUCUUCCUCGCAACCUUCCCCUCGCAGACCCAAAAUUCAACAUCGCUCACGAUGUCGACAUGAUCAUUGGCAUCAAAUCGUUUUUCACUAUUUUGGAGGAUGAACAAAUUACGCUAGGAAACGGCUUACCUAUUCUUCGUAAAACUGUUUUUGGCUACGUGGUAGCAGGUGAAGCGUUUGAAAGCCAAAAUUGCACCGUCGUGUGCAACGUUUCUACUACUGAAAAUCUGACAUCAGCAGUACGAAAAUUCUGGGAGGUUGAAAGUUUUGAGACUGGCAAAUCUCUUACUCUCGAGGAACAAUACUGCGAAACACAUUUUUCAAAAACCCAUUCUAGAGCUCCUGACGGUCGGUACGCGGUUCGGUUGCCGAUUCGAAACGAAAUGCUACCCGCUUUGGGAGAAUCUUUCGGUGUGGCGAAACGUAGACUACUAAACGUCGAGAAAGUAUUAUUAUCGAAACCACAAUUGCACUCAGAGUAUCUCAAAUUCAUGAAUGAGUACCAAACGCUAGGCCACAUGAUGGAAGUUACACCUAAUCACUCAAUUCCACACUUCUACUUGCCUCACCAUGCGAUUCAGAAACCUGAUAGUACAACCACAAAAAUCCGGGUUGUUUUUGACGCUUCAUGUCGAGGAUCAAACAACUUAUCGCUCAAUGAUUUAUGCUACACAGGUCCCACUGUCCAGCCAAUGCUGCUGUCGACCUUAAUUAACUUUCGGCUACCGAAAUAUGCAGUGACUGCCGACAUCGAAAAAAUGUAUCGGCAGAUCAUUGUGCAUACGGAUGACCGUCCUCUACAACAGAUAGUGUGGAGGAAACAUCCGAGCGAAAUCAUGACCACCUAUCAGUUAAACACCGUCACAUACGGCACUGCUCCAGCUCCAUACCUGGCUACACGCGUUCUCAACCAACUUUCGGAAGAUGAAGCUGUAAAUUAUCCUCUUGCUGCCCCGAAAAUAAAAACCACCUUCUAUGUAGAUGAUCAUCUAUCGGGGGACGACGAUGAACAACUGCUGAUGGAAACGAAUAAGCAACUAAUUGCUCUUCUUCAAUCCGGCGGAUUCACGCUACGUAAAUGGAGCAGCAACAACGAAAGGGUACUGGCUCACAUUCCACCCUCGCUUCGAGAUACUCGGUCGGAAUUGGAAAUUGGCCAAUGCGGAUCAGUUAAAACACUUGGACUUAAUUGGCACCCUGGUUCCGACAACUUAACCUUCAACGUUCCUGACUUUGAACCAUCGGAGCAGAUCACCAAACGAUAUUUCUCCAAUCCCUGUGGGCUCACAACUAUUCGUGGACUGAUCCGUUACAAGCAGACCACAGCAAGUGGUGGUUGCAGUACCGCGAAGAAAUUUGUACUCUCAAGUCAUUCAUCGUUCCCAGGUGGACACUCGUAG